AUCUUUCAGAACUGUAACACUCACUGUGAGGGUCCGCAGCUUCAUUCUUGAAGUCAGCGAGACCAAGAACCCACCACUUCCAGACACACUGCGUCUUGUGCUGCAGUGGGGUGUGCACAGACUCGAAAAUGCCAGCUUUGGUCUGAUUGGGAGCUCUGACUGCCUGACAGGCGCCCAGGGGUGAGAAGAGUGGGGCCGUUCACAGGAAAAAUUCGGGGGAGCAGGAGUGAUGUGCGAUGAUAGUGAAAAACAAGAACCGUCUGCCAAAGGGCUGUGCUGCGCUCAAAUGGGCUCUGAAAUAAGGAGUGGGGGCUGAGCUGCUUUGUUCCUUGACCCUGUUUACUCGGGGCAGCACCUCCUCGGCAGGAAGGCAGGGCUCCCGGGUCCUAGGAGGCCCUUUGGAGGGACAGGAGUGGUGAGUGAGCUCCACGGGGGCUCUGUCCACUCCUUCCCCAGUGAGGGUGGCUUUUGCUUCUGGGGCUUUGGGUCGCUGUGGUCCUUGAUGUUGCUGUCCUGUUCACCAGCGAGGGUCUCUGGAGCUCAGAGCUGUCCAGGCUGAAUGCCCAGUGGGCAGCGUGAGGACAGGACCACACUGCGUGGGCCCAGGAGGCGCCUUGCAGUGGGGACUUUCCCCUCAGUCCUACUGGCCAGGGACCUACAAGGUCUCUCUUAGGGCUGUGCCAUGCCUGUGCUUUAGAUUUACUGGGGGGCUGCUUCCCCCUGGUCCCGAUCCCCUCCGCUGCCUCAGUCAGCGUCCUGGGGCCAGGUCAUGAUGGAACACUGGGCGUUCCAGAGGGGCCAUCCCAGGGCCUCGGCAGCAAUGUGGACCUGUGGCUGUGGGGCAUUGGAGGGUCCAUCAGGCCCUCGGGAGCUUUGCCACCUGCAGGCGCGAGAGGGUCCCGUUCCGGCAGUGAGGUCUGGCCCUGGGGUUUCCUAAACAGGAGUGGGGUUUAAUGACAACAGUCUCCAGGGACUCUGGGCAGGAUUGAAGGCUGUGAUGGCUGCCAGCCCGGGGUGGAGGGUGCUCCCCAUGGACAGGACUUUGGCGUAAAGGUUCUGAAGAGCCCAGCGGCAGCACACCCAGCUGAGCCUGCGGAGGCCGGGGUAUCUGCAUGGGAAUCUGCCCAUGGAGAGAGGACCAGGGACCCCAGGAGUUCCUGGCAUGCAGGCCCACCUGCAGGGCCUGGGACAGCUCCUGUCGCCAGCUGAGAGAUGCCUGAAUACUACUGAGCGCCUUGGCCCCCACUCCCCCAACCUGUUACCCAAUCAGCUUGCAGCACGGUGUGCCCCUCACAGCUUCCUGGAUGCCAGUGCCCUGAGGGCAUGGAAGGAAGGGGUUGGUGAGAGGCAUCUGAGCCAGCAUGGCCCCUGCCAGGGGCAUCCAUCGGUCACAGCACGUUGGACUCCUGGGCAGCGUGUCCAGGGGUAGAGGGAGCAGCUCGCACCCAGGCCCCAGGCCUCCAAAAAUCACCAGGGAACGCCUUGUCAUCAUUGAACAGGGAGUUCUCCAGGGCACGAGCGCCGGCUCCUGCCAGGGAGAAGCAUGCAGGGCUCCCGGGAACCUGAGCUAACAGAAGGUUUGGGUUGAGUGUGUGGCGUGCGUGCCGGAUGCUCCGAGCCUGGUCACUUCCCGAGGAAUGCUUGCCUUCGGGAUCUGGUGGAAUCCAGUCGGCUGCCAUCACAGAGUGUCUUUCUCCGCAGAGACAGGUUCUCCCUCGGGCUGUGCCUGCAUGAGGCCAUCGGGUGUGAGGGAGAUGGGGAGGGGGCUGCACUCCUUCAAGGAUGAGAAGACUGAGGCGCAAGCUGCUGUCCCACCAUGGGCACUUGCCUAGGAGCGAGCUGGAGGGUGCAGCUGUAGAAGCUCCUGGUGGCUUCUCCAGGGCAGGUGGAGCUGUCAGAGAUCACAUCCUGGCCUGGUCCAGCCCAGCACAACCCAGGGGGCCUGCAGGACACUUGUGACCAGGACAGAGGUUCUCAGGGAGGCCAGAGCCUGACGAGGGCCGAGGGCUGACUCUGAGGUCUCAGGCGCCAGGGAGGGGUGAUGAGCUGAGAGGGGUGGUGACUCCCACUGGCUCCGUGGCUCCUGCCUCCACCUCUGACCCGGCACUGCUGUUGAUGUGAGCACGGCCUGUCCACCAGCCUCCUCCACCAGCAAGGCUCAGCCACCCCACAGCCGUCCAUGUGGAGAGUGAUCGUGUAGGCUCUGUUGGUGCCACCCCAGCGUGGGCGUGGGCAAUGAACAAGGGAGCACCGAGGCUGCUGCUACCUUUAGAACAGCAGCUGGCCCUAGUGACAGAGACCCCAGGCCCUAGUUACAGGCUCCAGGCCCAAGGGGCCGACCCCUGGCCCUAGUGAGAGACCCCAGGUCCUAGUAACAGGCUCCAGGCCCAAGGGACAGGCCCCGGCCCUAGUGACUGACAGACCCCUGGUCCUAGUGAGAAUCCCCUGGCCCAAGUGAGAGACCCCCGUUCCUAGUGACAGAGCCCUGGUCGAUCCUAGUGCCUGGCCCCUGGCCCUGCUUACUGAUGCCACAGGGACACCCGGGUUUCCAGCCCCUGGACAGCUCCGUGAUCAGAGGCUGGGGCUGCUGUUUCUCCAGCCCUGUCACUUCUGUUCUGGCAGCUUUUCUGUAGGUUUGGCUUCUGGCAGUCCAGCGUCCAGUCUGAAGGCAUUUCCCAGGAGAUUCAUUCUGACAAAUGGGGCCCAGGACAGCCACCCUCUGGGGUCUGCCUCUGCCUGUCCCACUCUGAGGUCUGUGGUGCCACCUCUGCCCUCGUCUUCUGCCCUCUCCAAGCCUGUUUUGAAGAUGCCAGUUGGACCACACAGUCUUGCCCACACCCGUGGUUUGUCUUCCUGGAGUCUCUUCUGCUACACAACCUUCUUUUCCCUCAUGGUGAAAGAGGAGAGCCUCUGGGGGAAACGGUGUGAGGGUCUGCACUCAGGGCUCAGGUGCGCUGCACCCAGAAACUGGGAAAGUGGAGGACGCCUGUCCAAGGAGAAGCAGCUGGCACAGCUGCAUGCCAUGCUCGGUGGAGAGCACCAAGGGAGAGGCGCCCGCCCAGGCUCGUUGUCCAUCUGACACCUCCAUGUUCUCUUAAAAUUAAAUGUAUUCUUAUUACCGUCAUUGUGGAAACAGCACAUGGGUCUAAUGAAGCGAAACAGACAGCGCGGCUCCCGUCUCCUCCGCUCCUGCUCCGGGUCUGUGGCCCGCGUCCUGCUCCUCCAGACCCAGCAGCAGCCUGGCUGUCUUCCCACAGCGGCACGUCGCGCCUAAUUCAUUCUGUCAUUUUUAGUUUAAAAACCUUUUAAAAAAAUGUUUUGUUAAGCUAAUCCAUGUUUGAGGUAAAACAAAACUACAAGAACCUAGAACAGUGAAGCUCGGAUGGGCUCUGAGGUGAGUCCCCGUGUGAGACUCCUCAGCACACACCCCACGCAGAGGCGGGCUUUAGAAGCAUUUCUGGCAGCUGGCGUCUGAGGUCGGCACUGCUCUACCCCUUGGUGCAGAAAGGCCGGGGCUGAGUUGGAACGGGUUCCACUUUUCCCUCUAGAAGCUUCUGGGCCUGGUUCUCAGCCCUCCAAAGCGCCCGUGGCCUCACUCCCGUGUGAUGGCCAUGGGUUCCUGCAUCUACUCCUUCUUCUCGGCUGUUGACGGCUGUCACCCUCGUCUUCCUGGGAAGCCCAGAGUCACCAAGCACCCUCCGCAGGGGUGUGGCCACAUCUCUGAGCUCACACCCACUGCAGGUGGCCUCACUCCCCUCAGCGUGAGUGGGACAGUGGACGUGGGUAUCCAAGUCCUGGCCCGAAGCAUUUUUCAUCAGAACGUUUGAAGCCAGUGUCUGUCUUCGGUAGAUCUGGCGAUGGCCUGACCCGUUCCUUUCUGCCCUGUCCCCCACGGCCCCCACCGUGCUUUCAUGCAUGCCAUCUCAUGCUGCUUGCUGUGCUGAGAGGGGCUGAGCCCAGCACAGGUGGUGCCUGCCCAGCAGGGGCUCAGGGACACCUUGGCGCAGGGGCCGCAGGCUGGACCGUUCUCACGCACCGUGACUCUCACCUGCCCGCAUCUCUGCUCACGCACGUUCUCUUCCACCGGGUCUGAAAUUGCCUGCUGGCCUCCCUCUGACCUGCCUCAGUUUCUCCUCUUCACUCCUCGCUGCCUGAUGUUUCAUUGCCUUGUUUAUUUAUCACUUGUCCCAACUGAUAGGCCUCAUGAGGGCAGGACGGUUUAUGUCCCGCUCAGCCCUCCAAGGCCAACCUCCAAGCUUAUCCAAAAACUCGUGCAAAGCAUGUGCUGAUGGGCUGGGACGUCCUGCGUGAGCCCUGAAGGUGGCUCCGAGGGGCUUCCCUCAUCCCUUUGCUCCCAGACGGGCCCCACGGGGUGCAGGUUCUCAGAUGACUCGCUGAGGUGUAUGAAUAAGGGUCUCUGUUCAGGCGCGUCCCCACAGGAGAUGAGACCACAGAACGCAGCCCUGAGUUUGAAGCAUCCCAGAAGGUUCUUUCUCUCUGACCCGCACGCCCACCACUGUUCUGGGUGCUCACAAAACCCGCCAUCGCUUCUGGUAAUUUCCCAACCGCUCCUCCUGUCCAGCGACCCCUGCUGCAGAGGCCCAGGGGAAACACAAGCCAGGCCCGUGAGAAGCUCCUGUUUCAGACAAAGAAAUGGUGUCAGCGAUAAAACUGGAAACUGUUCCUGGCUCGGACACCUGACCCGGCCCUUCCAUCCCCAGGAUCCCGCCCCUACGCGGCCCUGCCCCCACCAGGAUCCUGCCCCCAGGCGGCCCUGCCCCAACCAGGAUCCUGCCCAUGCGUCCUCCACUGGGUUGGCAUCUGCAUUUUUGGUGCCUUCCAGGGAAAAGGCAACAUGGCUGACAAGGCCAAGCCCGCCAAAGCUGCCAACAGGACCCCCCCCGCCCCAAGUCCCCGAGGUACCCCUCGAAGGACUGGGUGGCCAAGAAGCUGUCGCUGGAGUUGGAGGACAUGUGCACCGAGUGGAGAGGAGGAGACCCACCCAGUGGACUUGAGCUUGCUCUCCAGUAAGCUGCUCCCAGGCUUCCCCACGCUGGGCUUCAAAGACGAGAGAAGAAACAAAGGGUUUCCUCACUGUACCUGGAUUCAUAUUUUCGCAUGGGUAGGAUUGAGAUCAGUUACAGUGACAGGAAUGAAACUUGUGUUGGAUGGGGACACACACAGCGGGGACCUUGGUUGCAUCACUGGACUUCACCUUGCUGCAGGUGUUGGAAUUCUGCCUGGUCUGGGUCUCCUGUUGAAGGACGCCCUCCACAGGGAAGGAUCCUCUUGCCUUCACCACUUGCCUUCACCAGCCCCUGCUCCCCUCUUCCUCUUGGGGCUGUUGUGGUUGUUGAUACUUUUUUUUGUUGUAUUUGACACACUCCUUGUUCUCACCCUCUAACACAGUUCUCAACCACAGCACUUUUGUUCCUGGGGAUGUUUGGCAGUGUCCAGAGACGUGUUGAUGGUCCCACUGGGGUUGGGGGUGCUGCAGGCAUCUGGUGGGGAGACGCCAGGGGUGCUGCUCCACGCCCUAUGGGAUACCGCACAGUACACCUGGCCCGUGUCCCCCACAGCGAGAGCUGGCCCUGGGCAGGCGUGGUCCCUGUGGUGUGUGUUGGUUGGGAUCCUCCACAGUGACAGACGGUGCCCUCUGCCCACGUCUCCACACAGCUCUUUUGCUUGUGGAGCUCACCCCUUUGCAGAGAGCUCAUUUCCCUGCCGUCUUUGGCCUGCAGAAGUAAAAUGAGGGGUGGUGAAUUACACCCCUGCUGGUUACACAUGGAAAACUCAGGAGCGAGAAUUUUGUGGAGAGCAAGAGAGUCACCUUUCCAGUGCCACUACCGCGCUUUCGAUGCGGAAUAAUUCAGUAUUUGGUGACUUGAAGUCGGACGAGAUGGAGCUGCUCUAUGUAGCCUAUGGAGAUGAGACAGAUGGACACCCGCUCCGGGAGCCAGUGUUCCGUCACCCCAGAAGCCAUACUCAACAAUGAACAGCUGGUCUUGCCGCCCCGCAUCUCCAGAGUGAACGGCUGGUCGUUACCCCUGCACUACUUCCAGGUGGUGACUUGGGCUGUCUUCGUGGGCCUUUCCUCAGCCACCUUCGGGAUCUUCAUUCCCCUCCUGCCUCAUGUGUGGAAAUACAUCGCCUACGUGGUGACCGGGGGGAUCUUCUCCUUCCACCUCGUCGUCCACCUGAUCGCCUCCUGCAUCGACCCGGCCGACUCCAAUGUCAGACUCAAGAAGAACUAUUCUCAGCCCAUGCCCAUCUUCGACAGAUCAAAACACGCACACGUGAUCCAGAAUCAGUUCUGCCACCUGUGCAGGGUCACCGUGUGCUCAGUGAGGCCUUGGCAGGCAUGGGGGGGCGUGGAUCAGCACCGGUCCCCAGGUGACAGCUACAGACCCCUCCUGCUGACCAUCAGCGAGCUGCAGCCCUGGGCCCACAAGGCACCUGCACCCAUCCUGGCCUCACAGGGCCUGCAUGAGGCCAAGAAGAUGACCACCUUUGGGUAUCUCAUUAAGACCUGCAAAGAAGAGAGUUCAAAACAUCAAGCAGUGAGGAAAGAUCCAUACAUGCAAAUGGAGGAAGGAUUUCUCCAGCAAGGAGACGGCGCCCUGGGCUCAUCUGCACAGGGAGUCAAGGCUAAGAGCUCCCUGCUGAUUUACAAGUGCCCAUGUCACUUCUGCACUUCAGUAAACCCGGACAGGGGUUCGACGGCACGGGAAGCAGAUGAUGCCCCGAGUACAUCUACACUUGGGUUCGAACAAUGCAAAUUUCCUUCAAUUUCCUCACUCUUUUCAGCACCAGAUAUUAGCAAGGCUGCAACAAGAAACAACAGAGCCCAUGAAAACCGACAGUGCUGAAAGGAAGACUGAGAUUCAGGAGCUGAGGUGCCCCUGUGAUCCAGGUCUUCCACCCUGAAACCCCACCCCUCCAUCAAGGUCCUGCCUGUAGAGUCUACUUUGCAAAGCUUCCUGCUCCUACCCAUGCUACAGGCCAGCAACCAGAGCCCAUCAUCUCAGAGGCCCCUGGAUGUCCUUCGAAGGAACCAGGACCCUCAGAGCCCAGCAUCCAUCUCUGUCAUCAUCUUCAUCACACCCAAAGAAGAACCAGCCUUGCAGGAGGGUUUCCAUCUCCAGGAUGAUGGGCUGCCAGCAACUGCAGAGGAUGCAGCCACCUGCUUAACUGUGCUGUCCAGCCAGCCAGCCCACUGUAGGGCCUCUUGCUGCUUAAGAAGAGCUGAUGGGCUGGGCAUGUUGGCUCACACCUGUGAGCACAGUACUGAGAAAUGGGAGCACAGUACUGGGAAAUGGGAGCACAGCACUGGGAAAUGGGAGUACAGAGUACUGGGGAAUGGGACCACAGAGUAUUGGGGAAUGGGAGCACAGUACUGGGAAAGAGGAGUACACAGCGCUGGGAAAUGGGAGCACAGGACUGGGAAAUGGGAGCACGGUACUGUGAAAUGGGAGCUCACAGCACUGGGAAAUGGGAGCACAGUACUGGGAAGGGGGAGCCCAUAGUACUGGGAAAUGGGAGCACAGUACUGAGAAUUGGGAGCACAGUACUGGGAAAUGGGAGCACAGUACUGGGAAAUGGGAGCAUAGUACCUGGAAACCCCAGACCUGGAUUCUGAGUUUUUCAGCCUAGCCCAGACUUCUUAUCUUAGUAGACAAAAUGAGUCAAUACCAGAGAACCAGAGGCAUCCUCUGUAUUUUAAUGAACUCUGCCUUUUAGUCUGUUUAGUAGUCAUAUUUUAAAAGAUAAUCAGUUUUCCAAAUAUAUCUAUAAUUUAC